AAUUUCCCAACAAAUGAUGAGACGAUAUUUUCACAAUGUCGUAAAAUGUACCAAAUUCUCUAAAAAUCAUGAAAUUUGAAUAAUGUUGCUGCUUACCAUACAAUACACGAGCAAUCAUGCAUAACGAUAUUUCAACUCUCUUCACUCUUAAGUACGUGUCAAGUUAAUUUUCACAAAAAUAGCAAAGUAUAUCGACAAGUGUCUGUUCUACGUUUGUUUUUUAUGAAAGAUAUCUAGGAAUUGAGUCGUGCGUGUGUAUGUGUGUUUCAUCUUUGUAGAACUCCGUACAUACACUUGUUUCUGUGCGACAUUGAAAGUGGCAAUUUAUACUUGUGGCUAAUAUAUAUUACUACAAAUGCGACGAUCAAACUUGAAAUACUUGGUUCUAGCAUUGACUUUUAUCUUUCUCCUUCGCUUCGGUUUUAAAAUGAUGGAAAGUUCGAAUGGGCAACUCGACGUAAAUAUCCAAUUUCGCCAUAAAAAUAUCAGUGGACUUGAUUUUGAUAAACUACAAACGAUGAUUGAGGAGUUAAAGGAGCAAAAUCUCCGUGUUUAUAUUACUCAAGAUAGAAAAUCUCAUAAUGAUGAAAUACACAUGGUGUAUACGCCGAUGAAUUUCCCGAAAAUCAUCGAUGUAUCAUUUGGUCCACGACGUCCGUACGAAAUGACCAAGAAAUAUGCAUUUGUUUACUUUAUGUUCAAUGAACAACUAUCAAAGAACACGCGAGCGUUUCUCAGUCUAUGUGCACAAGCUGGACGAAGCAACAGAUACGUAGUAAAACCUUAUGUCAAAGGUGCGAGGUUCAGUCAGUCGCAGGAUUCUUGGCUUGAUUUUGACACAUAUUAUAAUAUCGAUCAUAUGGAAGAAUUGCUGACUGUCAGUAAUUAUGCUGGUUUAGUGGAGAAAGAUGAAUAUUUUGAACAAUGUCCUAUCAAUGACUCUGGUCAUGUUAGUAUAUACUUCGUGGACGAUUCUCAAACGUCCAAAAAUGCGUUUAUGUCGACAUUUCGCAUGAAGAGAGAUUACGUCAAUAAAAUUACAGCUGACGCUAGUCGAAAUGGUUGGACAGAAUGUAAUUUCAUUGACAAGGCUAUGGGUCGGGUUCCUGGUAAACAAUAUUGUGUUCACUCUACGGUGAUAAAGGACUGGACGAAACUAGAAGAAGAGAUUGUGAAGGGACACAAGUGUCUUAAUAUAUUUCAAUGGCGAGGAAUUGACGGUGUCUCGUAUCGAUUAAAGUUCUCCGAAGAUGAUCUGAAAUUCUCAUCGGUUGAUCUGACAUUUGCCUUGCGACCUGGAAUGGAUGUAGAGAAUGAAGUUGAGGAUUUCACCGAGGAGUUUCUUUCCAAUAAUUACAUCGCCAUUUAUUUGAGAAGCGAGAUCGUUUUUCGUCAUAAAAAUAUGGAUUAUUUACGUAAAUGCGUGGACUUGGUCCUGGAGGCUCUAAACCUAUUAAAGAAAAAAACUGGAGUAUCGCAUGUUUUUAUUGCGACUGAUAUGGGGACAUAUGGUUCAGGAUCUUUAAUGAGAUUUAAAGCCGAAGAAAACUUGGAUGAAAGCGUUUUUAACGAUUUGAUUGAGUAUAUUGUCAAGGAAUCACAAGGUACAACUUAUGUACCAUCGUCUGACACGUUAGAUCGUGGUGUUAUAGCUCUUGUCGAUAUGAAUCUUGUUACGGGUGCACAACACUUGAUCAGCGCUGGAAGUGGUUCGUUUCAACAAUGGAUAACAGCAAGAUUUUUGGAUAGACAUCGAUAUGAUAACAAAGUUUGGUCUAAAAUCACAGUUUGCACAUGAGAAAGCUUGUCAAGAAGGUACGACGUCAUUUUUAAAUCGUGCUCAUUCUCCAAAUGUUCGUUCUCCAACAUUCAUUUUUAAAGGGGAAAAAAAGAGUAGAGACGUUCUGCAAAGAAAAUUUCGAGCAGAUGCGUGAUUUAAAGAUUAUUGAAAAUUUUAAAGCUUUAAAUUCAGUUGUACUCAUUACUAAAUAUGGUCGUCCAUAUCAUAUGUAUUGUUAUCAUCCACUCAUAAUGUCGUACAGAAUUUAUUAAUUAAGAUUAUUGACCAAUCAG